AAUAAUGUCAUUUUACUCCUUAGAGACUUUAGUUCCUGACUGUUUCAACAAUACAUUACUCUGAUGUAUAUGAACAAAUAUUAGCCUAACCGUAUUUGGUUUUAAAGCAGGUGUCAUAUGACAGUUCUUGAUGCGUCUUUUGUUUAUACAAUUCACUUAAUUGAUGCAGUGUCAAAGAUUAGUGUACUGUAAUGUACUAUAAUAUUUACUAUUUAUUAUUACAUCUGUUGCAUUAAGUGGAAUGGAGCGAAGUAUUCAUGAAAUGUUGAAAGAUGCUCCAUCUUUAAAUGAUAGCGAUAGUGCAGUUCAUAGUGGAACUCCUCCACCUCAUGUACCAAAUAAUUGUAAUAAUGAAAAUCAACCCAGACCAGCUACAAUAAACUUAACAUUGGGUAGUCCUAUAUCUCAAAUGUCUGUAACAGUAUCUCCAAAUACACCUAUUCAGAAUGGUGAUACACAAACAAUGCGUACUGCUCAAAGUAAAAUUGAAAGCAUUAAAAAUUGGAGUAUUUCUACAUAUAAGUGUACAAGACAAUUAAUGUAUGAAAAACUUGGGAAAACAUCCCGUACAGUAGACUCAGAACUUGAAACACAAAUUGAAUUAUUAAGAGAUACUCAAAGAAAGUACUGCAAUGUGUUACGAUUAUCUAGAGCAUUAGCUUCUCAUUUUCAUCAUGUUGUUCAAACGCAACAUGCUUUAGGGGAAGCAUUUUCUGAGUUAGCACAAAAAUCUCCAGAGUUACAAGAAGAGUUUCUAUAUAAUUCAGAAACUCAAAGGAAUUUGACCAAAAAUGGUGAGACAUUAUUAGGGGCCUUAAACUUUUUUGUUUCUUCAGUAAAUACACUUUGUAAUAAAACUAUCGAAGACACAUUAUUUACAGUACGACAAUAUGAAACAGCAAGAAUAGAAUACGAUGCCUAUAGAACAGAUCUUGAAGCAUUAGCACAAGUAACAAAAAACGAUAGCAGCAAUGCAGCAAGAUUGGAAGCAGCACAGGCAAAUUAUGAAGAGCAUAAGCAAAAUUUUGAAAAACUAAGAUCAGAUGUUUCGAUUAAACUUAAAUUUUUAGAUGAAAAUAGAAUCAAGGUAAUGCAUAAACAGUUAUUAUUAUUCCAUAAUGCAGUAUCUGCUUAUUUUUCUGGAAAUCAAACUGCUCUGGAAGCAACACUGAAGCAAUUUAACAUAAAAGUUAAAUCACCAAAUUCAUCUUUACCAUCGUGGCUUGAACAGUAGUUACAUUAGAAGAAAUGAAUUCAAGUUAUGGGAAACAUGAACAAAAAAAUGCAUUCGUCCAUACGAAUUUCUUCUUGAAAGACAAAGGAAAUGACAAGGUAGAACAACUUUCAAACACUCUUGAAAACGUACUAAAGGACACUGCUGUCAAAUAGUUUGUCAGUUUGAAUAGGUUUUUGAAGAAGAAUAGAUUGUCAUCUAAAAACAGACUGAAUAAUUUCUGAAUUAUGCUUUAAAUAUUGGCCAAUAUUCGUGAUACAUGUCAUAUGUAUCAGUGAAUUUCAAUUAUAUAAUUAAUAAUUAUAUGCAACAGUUAAUAAUAAUGAAUAACUUCUGAUGAAAGAUUUAAUGAAGAUUCUUUUUAUUCGAUAGCAAUGCUUACAAAACUUUAAAGGCAAUAGAUAUUUAAUUUUUAUAUCUGACUUAAAGAAGUUCUAAUGUAAAUACAUAAACUAUGAUGAUAUAUUGAGCUUUGAAUUUUACGGUAUGUACAAAACAGCAUUGAUUCUUUAUUUAUAUUAGCAUCAAUUUAAAUUUGAUAAACUAAACAAAUUGAGAACUAUAUUAUUUUAAUAUUCCUCAUUUCAUUUUAAAUAUAAAGAUAUUGACCGAAUUUUAACUUUGAUUCUCUUAUAACUAUUAGGUCAAGAUAUAUUCCUUAUUUACGCACGUUGUUAAAUUUAAUCUAUUUUAAAAGAAAGAGAAUUUGAGUACUUCCAACUACACAGGAUCAAAAAAGAUUAUAUCAUAUUUUUAAAAUAUGCGGUGCUAAUUAAAAUGAGCGAAAAAAAUGCUAAUAUUACACGGUUUAAUUUAAUAAGUGCUGUAUGUUAGUUUGAUACAAUCAUUUUUGGUCACUAAAUGUUCAAUAUUUCUA